CGAACGUGCUAACUAAAUGUGCAUCUCUUGGAACUCCUUUCCCUAGCUCUUCCACUUAAAGUCUAUAUAUAUCCAGACAGCCACAAAAAAUUAGAGAUCUAAGAACGAAGCCAUUUGAUUUGCUCGAUGGUCAUUUGGACUUGAAGGUAAACAAGAUGUUAAACCCUGAGGCAGAAAAAUUGCCCACCCUCAACCAUUCGAUGGCGAUAGAGGAGCUCAGCCGGGGGCGGGAGCUCACAAGCCAGCUAAGAGCUCUGGUUUCACCGAUGAAUCCGGCUAACGAGCAGGUGGAGAGGGCUGGAGUUCUCUUUGAAGAAGUGUUGAAGUCUUUUACUCUGGCUCUCUCGGUCCUCGGGCCCGGUGAGAAGCCAGGCAAGGAAGCCGUGGCUGGUGGAGCUAGCUUACCUGCCUCCGGUGGUGGGAAAAAAGGGCCUGGGGUAAAAAGAAAACGGGUGGUGGAAAGCAGAGGUGAUCAAGGCCGCAGAAGGAGGUGUACUGUAUCAUGGACCACUAUUACAUCCAUGCCGAUGGCUGAUGGCUACCAGUGGAGAAAAUAUGGGCAGAAAAAGAUCUAUGGAUCUAAGUAUCAAAGAAGCUACUACAAAUGUUUACGUAGAAAGGAUCAAGGAUGCCAAGCAACUAAGCAAGUGCAGCAAAAGGAUGAUGGUAACCCGCCAAAGUUUACCGUCACCUAUCAGAUGCCCCAUACUUGCAAAAAUUUGGAUAUCACAUCUCAAGUUGGUAUGGAUUCUGGCCUCGCAGAAACUUCAGUUUUAGAUAAUGGAUCCAAGUCCCUGGAUAUCCAACCUCAGCAACCCUUGCAAUCUGAAAUCCUCAAGAUGGAAGAGCCCGAGAAACGUCUCUUCACUGAUUUAGCCAGCAUGCACUCCCCUAUGUUAUUUGAUGAUAUGAACUUGAUAAUGGGCAUGACUGGGCUUGAUGGGUGGUGCAUAUCUAAUGAAGAAGCACCUUGGUUUCAAUUUCCGUCCGACGCAAGAGGAUGACUUCAAGAUCCUAGUAGGAACGGCACAACCAAGAGGCUGCAUGCAUAGAGUGGGUUUAGGAGCAUGAGAUGUGAAAUUAUGAAAGAAUAAUGAUGGUGUGUUUAAAUAAUGUGUCUCAUAUGAAGCUUCAUAUGUGCUUCCAUUUCUUUUCUACUUUAAAAAAAUUAAAAAAAUCGAGACAAAGAUUUUUUUUGAUGCAA